AUGACUUCAACAUCAUCUGAACCAGUGAAUGCAAGUAAGUUUGGAGUCUUGAGAAUCCAAAAGAUUGGUCAAAUUGUGGCUAUUGUUCGAGUGGACAUUCUGAGAAUAGAUCUGGAUAUUUUGUGUUUUGGAUGUCCACAAAGUGUUGGAUUAGUGGGUCAGAAUCUUUUCGGAUCCAAAGCGCAACAGGUAGUAACUUCGACCCACUCGGGGGAAACUAUGAUUUUUGAGUCCUUCGUACUUUUGAGAAUAUCACGAAUUCAUUUUUUUAUAAUGUGA